CUCCCAUGCAUCAUACUACUACGUUGGGAAUAGCCCCUAUCUUCGCUUCGAGGCAAUUUGGGCCUACGUUGAACCAAGCAGUAUUGUAAUCUCCAAAAUGCAGCCAAUAUUGUAUCAAACUUUGCUCAUCUUCCAAGCCACCAUAGUCCUCGCCCAUAACGGUAAUCAAUACACUUGUCUUGCUACACCGCAAAUAUCGACUACUGCAGAAACUGUCACUAUUCCACCAUUUCCGCAUCAAUGUGCCUGCCUCACAGAACCGAGAAAAUUCAACUGGCAAAUACUCGCUAAAAUGACGGUUUCGGGGAUUCUUGCUGCCAUGCAAGAGCUACUUGCUUCGUGGAUUGCCCAUGACAAGGGCAAACACGGUAGCUACUAUACCUCACGAGUACCUAAAACCGCUCUUUAUGGACUGUUUAUCAGUGCUCCGUUGGUUCAAGUUUUGGGUCCCCUAAUUCGAAUGAGCUUUCCUACAUGCACAGACCUGAGAUGCCACACUGUGACUACCUGGGCGGAAACCAUGAUUGUUCGGUUAGUCCAGGGUGCAACCUACCUAGUUGCAAUAGCAUUAAUUGCCGGUGCUCGGACUUUCCACCAGGUCAGAGCAUCAGUAAGGGCUGGCUUCAUGUCCACCGUACGCGUUUAUUGGUUUUGCUUGCCGUUCUGCUUGGGAUUUGCUCAAGCUUUAAUUGAUGUAGGCUCCUGGCCGAUCUUGUUCGAGUUUUUGGCAUUUUUAAUUGGUAUAUUCAUCAAUACGUCCGUCAAGAAGAAGAGACUUGCCGCUUUACGGCGGAAGAAGUUUGGGAUUUCUGGGGAGAAGAGCGCUAAUAAGAGGAGGAAGGUGAACAAAAAGGUGCUUUUUGGAAGUGGAUAA